AUGGCGGCAGAGUCGCUGGAGGAGAAGCUGCGCAGCCUCACGUUCAGGAAGCAGGUGUCCUACAGGAAAGCAAUCUCCAGGUCAGGCCUCCAGCACCUGGCUCCUGUGCAUACGCUCAACAUUGCAGUCUCCAAUGGACCUGUGAAAGAACCAAGGACAGCCUUAGAGUGGACUGAAAAUGCUGUGAAUGGAGAGCACUUGUGGCUGGAGACCAAUGUUUCUGGGGACCUCUGCUACCUGGGGGAGGAAAGCUGUCAAGUCAAAUUCUCAAAAUCAGCUCUGCGGAGGAAAUGUGCUGCCUGCAAGAUUGUGGUCCACAAUGCGUGCAUGGAGCAGYUAGAGAAGAUUAAUUUCCGCUGCAAACCGACGUUCCGAGAAGGGGGCUCUAGAUCUCCAAGAGAAAACUUUGUCCGACAUCACUGGGUGCACAGGCGGAGACAGGAGGGGAAAUGUAAGCAGUGCGGAAAGGGCUUUCAGCAGAAAUUUUCCUUCCAUAGUAAAGAGAUUGUGGCCAUCAGUUGUUCCUGGUGCAAGCAGGCGUUUCACAACAAAGUCACCUGUUUCUUGCUGCAUCACAUUGAGGAGCCAUGUUCCCUGGGGGCCCACGCUGCUGUCAUUGUGCCUCCCACGUGGAUCAUUAAGGUGAAGAAACCUCAGAACUCGCUGAAGACUUCAACUCGGCGGAAGAAGAGAACGUCUUUUAAGAGGAAAGCCAGCAAAAAAGGAAAUGAAGAUAACAAAGGUCGGCCAUUUGUGAUAAAGCCUAUCUCAUCUCCACUCAUGAAGCCACUACUGGUUUUUGUCAAUCCAAAAAGUGGAGGGAAUCAGGGCACCAAAGUUCUCCAAAUGUUUAUGUGGUAUUUAAAUCCACGCCAGGUCUUUGAUCUCUCUCAGGAAGGGCCAAGAGAUGCGCUGGAGCUGUACAGGAAAGUGCCAAACCUGCGGAUCCUGGCCUGUGGCGGGGAUGGAACGGUGGGCUGGAUCCUCUCUGUUUUAGAUGAGCUGCAACUUAGCCCCCAGCCUCCUGUGGCUGUCCUUCCACUUGGCACUGGGAAUGACCUUGCCCGCACCCUCAAUUGGGGUGGGGGAUACACAGAUGAGCCAGUGUCCAAGAUCCUGUGCCAUGUAGAAGAUGGGACCAUUGUCCAGCUGGACCGCUGGAAUCUCCAGGUUGAGCGCAAUCCUGAUUUGCCACAGGAUGAGCUGGAGGAUGGGACACGUAAGCUUCCGCUCAAUGUCUUCAAUAAUUACUUCAGUCUUGGAUUUGAUGCACAUGUUACACUGGAAUUCCAUGAAUCCAGAGAAGCAAAUCCAGAGAAAUUCAACAGCCGAUUUAGAAAUAAAAUGUUUUAUGCAGGGGCAGCCUUUUCAGACUUUCUGCAAAGAAGCUCAAGAGAUUUAUCCAAACAUGUUAAAGUUGUGUGUGAUGGCACAGACCUGACUCCAAAGAUCCAGGAGCUGAAGUUCCAGUGUAUAGUGUUUUUAAACAUACCCAGGUACUGUGCUGGCACAAUGCCCUGGGGAAACCCUGGUGACCACAGAGACUUUGAGCCUCAGCGCCAUGAUGAUGGCUACAUUGAAGUCAUUGGGUUCACCAUGGCCUCACUGGCUGCUCUCCAGGUGGGUGGUCAUGGAGAAAGGUUGCAUCAGUGCCGUGAAGUGACGCUUUUAACAUACAAGUCUAUCCCCAUGCAAGUGGAUGGAGAGCCAUGUCGAUUAGCUCCCUCACUCAUUCGGAUCUCCUUAAGGAACCAGGCCAAUAUGGUACAGAAGAGUAAGAGGAGAACAUCCAUGCCUUUGCUGAAUGAUCCUCAUUCCAUCCCAGAUCGUCUACGGAUCAGAGUGAACAGAAUUAAUUUACAAGAAUAUGAGGGGCUACAUUAUGACAAAGAAAAGCUCCGGGAAGCUUCCAUUCCCUUAGGAAUUAUAGUUGUACGAGGAGAUUGUGACUUGGAGACUUGUCGUAUGUACAUUGACCGUCUACAAGAGGACCUACAGUCAGUAACUUCUACCACACCGAGAGUUCAUUACCAGGACCAAGAAAGCUCUUUCCCUAGAGUACUUUCUGUUCAGAGGCUCUCUCCUAGAUGGUGCUUCCUAGAUGCAACUUCUGCUGAUCGUUUUUACCGCAUUGACAGAUCUCAGGAACAUUUGCACUUUGUGACAGAAAUUUCGCAGGACGAGAUUUUUAUUCUGGACCCAGAGCUGAUAAUGUCACAGCAGGUGGGGACACCACCAGGAAUGCCUGAUCUGGUAGUGGAGCAGGCCUCUGGAAUAUCAGAUCGGUGGAACCCUGCAGUUCGAAAGAGGAUGCUGAGCGAUAGUGGCCUUGGCAAGAUUUCCCCACACUACGAGGUACCUGACAAACAAAAGGACGCCAGCCAGACACACAUGCUGCAGUCACCGGCCUCUUCGGAAGAUCAAGCACUUUUACAGGCAGUCAUAGCUGGUGAUCUGCUGAAAUUCAUAGAAUGCUGUAAAAAGGGAGCCAAUUUGUUAAUCCAAGGACCUGAUCAUUGCUCCCUGUUGCACCAUGCUGCCAGGACCGGGCAUGGCGAGAUUGUGAAAUACAUCCUGGAGCAUGGUCCAUCUGAAUUACUGGACAUGACAGACAGUGAAACGGGUGAGACAGCAUUACAUAAGGCGGCCUGCCAGCGCCAUCGUGCCAUCUGCCAGCUCUUGGUGGAUGCAGGAGCAUCUCUGAGAAAGACGGACUCCAAGGGUAAGACCCCUCGUGACAGGGCUCAGCAAGCCGGCGAUCCAGAUCUGGCCUCCUACCUGGAGAGCCGGCAGAACUACCAGAUGGUUUCCCAUGAGGACCUGGAGACAGCAGUUUGAAAAUGAGGAAGAGAACCCUCGGAAAAAACCAAGGCUGCACGUGAGGCACUCGGGCAUCAUGUGAGGAAGAAGCUGAUGGAAUCAAUGUGUCUCGCGCUCGUGGAAAAUAUCUGAGGACAUGCCACCAGUUUCUAAGGGCUACGGAGUCUUGCCACGGAACGGUUAGGUUCCUUAUGUUAGCCCGAGAUGGAUGAGGCGGGACACUUAAAGGUCUGUGGAAUCCAUGGGCCACGGAAAUUUACCUUUAUUGCUUCCAGCAAGUAGCAUGAACUUCUCCCAUUUUCAUCUGUAGAAUUUAUUAAAAAGAAAAGGAAAGAGAAAAGGAGAUGUGAGAGAAACCAAACUAUCUGGACAUUAAAGCAUCCAACCAGGCCCUCCUCUGUCCUGACAGUAUCCUGCAUUCCUUUCACUCCGCUGUUCCCCACACUCGCCAUCAGUUAAAUAUACCUGUUAUCUCUGUGUUAAGUCUUCACAAAUGGUCAGGCAGUAGCAAAAAAAUUGAGGAGCUCUGGAUGCCCUUAGGAAAAAGGACAUUUGUACCUGCUGAGUUCUCUCCCUCACUGUUCCUUUGGAAGCUGGUUCCUCAGUGUUCAAUCACCAGGGGAUUUUCUCAUUUUUGGAAAGUAUUCUCUCUAUUGCCUUGUUUUUGGGGGUGUGAAGCACAGAUUUACAGGAGUAAUAAAAAUUAGCCUCCUCAUUUUUGCUGGGUUUAUCAUUAUGGUUUCCUCGGGAGGCAGUUAUUUGAGUGGAAAGGAGCUACAUGGGAUAAUCCAUGUUGUAUGACAGAGCAGGAAGUGAGCAGGAAGUUGACAGACUGAUUCCGCUCAGGUGUCAGGUCUGCCUAAAAGUUUAUAGCUAAUUUUUACUUCCAGCAAGGUAGGUUUUAAGCUGAGGAGAGAUCAGUGCAAGACAGAACAAAUUACAACUGACUGACAUUAACCCAGUGCCCUUUGAGUUGCUGCCAGGCAUGGGCAGCAAACCUAGAACAUGAGCUGAGAGCACAGGAUUGCUGUCAUGGUCAAUGGAACGAGCACAAUGGAAUGGCCAUUGUGAUCAGAAAAGCUCCCUUGGCUGGACAUGGCAACUGUCCAGUUCCACAAGAGAACGGAGAUGAAGUUUUAAAAUGAGGCUGUCCCAAUGAAAAGGAACAAGUGGCAGCUCUUUGACUCAUUGCUCACCAUAAGCUUGGAAACUUAAAUUGCUUAGCUGCUGUAAAGGCCAGCUGUGUCUUCUGUAUUUGUCCUCUGUCUUACCUCACAGACUGUAACCACCGAAGAAGAAAAAGCCAACACACAUAAAUAUACAUCCACAAAAUAUUCAUAUCCAGGUUUUCCAACACUAAAGAAAAUUCAGCUACCAGAAAUAGCAGAGCUUCCAUUUACUCUGAUCAAUCCUCAAGGCAUAAUUCUUGCAAUAGAUUUUUAAUUUUUGCUUUGUUGU